AUGGCGUCGGAGGAGGAUGUGGCGGUGAAGGAGCCGCUGGAUCUCAUACGGCUCAGCCUCGACGAGCGCAUCUACGUCAAGCUCCGCUCCGACCGCGAGCUCCGCGGCAAGCUCCAUAUGAGCCAGGACAAGGCCGCCGGCGACAAGGCCGCGGCGGAGCCCAAGAGGCAGACGCCGCGGCUCAACGAGCGGAUCCUCUCCUCCCUCUCCCGGAGGUCCGUCGCCGCCCACCCGUGGCACGACCUCGAGAUCGGCCCCGGCGCUCCGGCGGUGUUCAACGUGGUGGUGGAGAUCACCAAGGGGAGCAAGGUCAAGUACGAGCUCGACAAGAAGACCGGGAUGAUCAAGGUUGACCGGAUCCUCUACUCGUCCGUGGUGUACCCUCACAACUACGGCUUCGUCCCACGCACCCUCUGCGAGGAUAACGACCCCAUCGAUGUCCUCGUCCUCAUGCAGGGAGAGAAGGAUGACAAGAUCAUAGCCGUCUGCGCCGACGACCCCGAGUACCACAACCUGAACCAUCUCAGCGAGCUCUCUCCUCAUCGCCUCCAGGAGAUCCGCCGCUUCUUCGAAGAUUACAAGAAGAAUGAGAACAAGGAGGUCGCUGUCAACGACUUCCUCCCCGCCGAUGAUGCUCGUGCUGCCAUCCAACACUCCAUGUAA